AUGAUGCGUGGCAGAUUUCUUAUUCGCGAGAUCAAUGGCUCGCGUAUGCCAUCAAAGGUGCAAUGUCGCGCGAGGUCGGUCGUUGCUUACCCGAUCAAACAUAAUGAAACAAAAGUGGACAACGAAAUGCAACACGCGCGGCCGACCGAAGAUAUUCCCGGCCCGAAAGCGUUGCCUUUGCUCGGCAAUUGGUUCAGAUUCCUGCCGUACAUAGGUGAAUACGGUAGAGCAGAUACUUUCACGCAGUUGCGGAUGCUGCACGAGCAGUAUGGCGAUAUUGUUAAACUGGACAAUAUAGGACCUCGGCGGCCGAACAUCCUUCUGUUUUCACCGGAGCUAUGCGAGAAAAUGUAUCGAGUGGAAAGCGCGUGGCCGAUGCGGAUUGCUAUGGAGACUCUACAUUACUAUCGCCAGAACAGAGAACAUAUUUACAAUGGGCAGUACGGUCUUGCAACAAGCCAGGGCAAAGUGUGGCACGACUUUCGGUCAAAAGUCAAUCCGCACAUGAUGCAACCGCGAACGGUCAAGGCGCACGUGGCGCAGACCAGCGAGGUGACCAGAGAGUUCGUGGAGAAGAUGCGUGCACUGCGCGAUCCUAAGAGUCUGGAGCUGCCGAACGACUUCAAGAACGAGAUACUGAAGUGGGCUCUAGAGUCAAUAUGCUCGAUCGCGAUGGAUUGUCGGCUAGGGUGCUUGAAGUCUGAUCUUGCCCCGGAUUCGGAGCCGCAAAUAAUGAUUAAUUGCGUGCAAGAGAUGUUCGAUCUCAUGUACCGCAUGGAGAUUCAGAUGUCUCUGUGGAAGGUGUACAAUACGCGAAAUCUUAAGAAGUUGUUCCGUGCGCUGGAUACGCUUAAUGGAAUUGCUCGUAAACAUAUCGAACAGGCUAAGAUAAAGUACGAGACAACGGAUAAUAGCGCAAAUCUGCAUGAUCGUAGUGUAUUAGAGAAACUUUUGAGUAUCGACAAGCAAACGGCGCAGGUAAUGGCGCUCGAUAUGCUAACGGCUGGUGUUGAUACGACCGGUAACGUGUUCAGCAGUUUGUUGUAUUACAUCGCGAAUAAUCCGGAGAAACAGGAAAAACUGCGCGAAGAAGUAAUGUCCUUGUUACCGGACAAAACAUCGCCCGUGACGCAGGACGUUCUAAAUCAAACGAGAUACGCUAAGGCCUGCAUCAAGGAAUCCCUUCGAUUGUUCCCCCUCGCUGUUGGCAAUCUCAGAACUAUGCGAACGGAUGUUUGCUUAGGAGGAUACAAAAUACCGGCAGGGUUCGAUGUCAUCGCUUGUCAUUCUGUGAUCUCGAAGAAACCCACGCAAUUUUCGCGAACGCAGGAAUACAUUCCCGAGAGAUGGUUGCGGGGCAACACGGAGUUUCCAUCAGCCAAGGAGGCGCAUCCCUUCGCGUACAUGCCAUUCGGAUUCGGACCUCGCACCUGUAUCGGCCGACGAUUUGCCGAAAUGGAGAUCGAGACGUUGCUCUUGACAGUCAUGCGAAAUUUCCGGAUCGAAUGGCAUCAUGGACCGCUCGAGUACGAAAGCCGAUUUAUAAACAUAGUGGUAACACCGAUGCAAUUCAAGCUCGUCGAUUUGUAGAUCGUCGCAAGUCGCAAAUCCUUCCUGCGACCGAUGUGCACGCUUCACGAAGAAAACGGUCGGAAAAGCGUGCUCUGUGUGUCAACGUCGUGUCGACGAUAUUUUUUUCCUUUAAUUACGAUAAAUGUCGGGUACAGCUGCCGGUUACGCAAGUUUCUUCCGACCCGAAGAAGCCCGACCGAGGUGGAGAAAACGCCACUGACCAGCCACAAUUCUUACAAUUUUAAUCAAGGUUCACCGAAGAUAGAAAGCGCGACGUUUUACAAGAAUUUUUUAACGCGGUCGCUACAAAUUUUUAGCAAAUUCGCGGAAGAGCGCGCGCGUCCACGUGUGCGUGUACGUGUGCUCCAAAUGGUAUAAAAAUACGAGAGAUAUAAAAGUGUAAAUUGUACAUAUAUCGCUGAAAUUUUAUUUACCAAACAAUGCACUUUUUUAUAUUUAUCUUUUAUUUGUGAUAACCUUGGGAAAGUGUAUUGUAACGCUAUUUUAUACAUAUUUGUACUGCAAAUGAUAAUAAAGUUAAAAAUAUUUAUCACCGUCAA